CUCCAUACUGUCUUCACUGACUGGCAGCAAUGGCGCCCCAAGAUUUUAGGCAGGGGACUUUCCCAGCCGCCCCUGGAGAUGCUGCCGGGGACUGAGCACAGAACCUUCUGCAUACCAAGCAGGUGCUCUGCGCCAUUGACCUCGGACCACCUCUCCAAGCAGAGAGGAUGUUGCGCCUGAUCCAGCGAGGGAUGGGGCUCAAGUGGUGGAGACAGCUGUGGGCCAAAUCCAGUCUCAGGCUGCUGCCUCCCUCCUAUGCUGUGCCUGACCAGAAAGGGAGCUAUUCCAGCCAUGCCAAGAAGGAAUCAACAUCCUUUGUCACAAACAUAUUCAAUGGGCACCUGGCCCCCGAGAAUGUCUUCCCCUUCCCUUCAGUUCUCUCCCCGGAGCAAGCGCAGGCCCUGCAGGCCAUGGUGGAUCCCUGCACCCGCUUCUUCCAGGAAGUGAACGACCCAGCUGCCAACGAGGAGCUGGAGACCAUCCAGGAGGAGACCCUGGCCGGCCUCAAGGACAUGGGCUGCUUUGGCCUCCAGGUGCCCGAGGAGCUGGGGGGCAUCGGGCUCACCAACACGCAGUACGCCCGCAUGGUGGAGGUGGUCGGGAUGCACGACCUCGGGGUGGGCAUCGCCCUGGGUGCCCACCAGUCCAUCGGCUUCAAGGGGAUCCUGCUCUUUGGCACAAAAAGCCAGAAGGAGAAAUACCUGCCCAAGUUGGCAACUGGCGAGGUUCACGCGGCCUUCUGCCUGACGGAGCCGUCGAGCGGGUCCGACGCCGCCUCCAUCCAGACGACGGCGGAGCUCAGUCCCUGCGAGCGCUAUUACACCCUCAAUGGGGGCAAGAUCUGGAUCAGCAACGGCGGCACCGCCGAGAUCUUCACGGUCUUCGCCAAGACGCGCGUCAAGGACGUGACGACGGGCGAGGAGAAGGACAAGAUCUCGGCCUUCAUCGUCGAGAGGGCCUUCAAGGGCGUCACCAGCGGCCCCCCGGAGCAGAAGAUGGGCAUCAAGUGCUCCAACACGGCCGAGGUGCACUUCGACGGCGUGCAGGUGCCGGCGGAGAACCUGCUGGGCGGCCUGGGGCGCGGCUUCCAGGUGGCCAUGCACAUCCUCAACAACGGCCGCUUCGGGAUGGCCUCGGCGCUGGCCGGCACCAUGCGCGGCGUCCUCCGCAAGGCGGUGGAGCACGCGGCCAACCGGCGGCAGUUCGGGAGCGCCCUGAGCCGCUUUGGCGCCAUCCAGGAGAAGCUGGCGCGCAUGGCGAUGCUGCUCUACGUGACCGAGGCCAUGGCUUACGUGCUGAGUGCCAACAUGGACAUGAAGGUGCCCGACUACCGCCUGGAGGCCGCCAUCAGCAAGAUCUUCGCCUCGGAAGCAGCCUGGACAGUGACCGAUGAAGCCAUCCAGAUCCUGGGCGGGAUGGGCUACAUGAAGGAGACGGGAGUGGAGAAAGUCCUGCGAGACUUAAGGAUCUUCCGCAUCUUUGAGGGCACCAACGACAUCCUCCGCCUGUUUGUGGCGCUGGGGGGCAUGAAGCAUGCUGGAGAGGAGCUGCAGCGCCUGCAGAAGUCCCUUUCCAAUCCGGUGGGGAAGGUGGAAGCCCUCUGCAAGGAGAUUGUCAUGAGAGCCAAGCGCCAGGAGGGACAGCCCACAGACUCCCUGGUUUACUCUCCAUCAACCUUCUGAUUUCUAUCUUGAAUGUCCAGCUGACAGUUCUGUUCCUCUUCCAAGUUCUGCACAUCU